ACGAGCUCCGGCGGUUUCUCGCGAGGAGCAGGGCGACUGCUCCGUCAACAGCCGCCGACGCCGUCGAGCACAUCCGCCGCCUCGAACACUGGUAGCACCGUCGGCAAGGCGUCGAGGCCUCUCCUCGGCCUCGACCAUUUUCACCAUUUUCUCUUCUCUGAGGAUCUCAACCCUCCCAUUGGAUCAAAGGUUUACCAAGAGAUGACUGCUCCAUUGUCACAUUAUUACAUAUAUACAGGCCAUAAUUCAUACUUGACAGGCAAUCAGCUGAGCAGCGACUGCAGCGACGUCCCUAUCAAAGAGGCGUUGGAGAGAGGAGUUCGAGUUAUUGAGCUGGAUAUGUGGCCUAAUUCUAAGAAAAAUGAUAUUGAUAUUCUUCAUGGGAGGACGCUUACUGCUCCUGUAACGCUUAUCAAAUGUCUAAAAACCAUUAAAGAGUAUGCAUUCUGUGCAUCUUCAUAUCCUGUGGUGAUAACUCUCGAGGAUCACCUCACUCCAGAUCUUCAGGCAAAAGUUGCUGAGAUGGUUUCUCAAACUUUCGGAGACAUACUUUACUAUCCUCAGUCAGAUUCUUUCGAAGAAUUCCCCAGUCCAGAAUCUCUUAAGAAUAGGAUCAUUCUUUCGACCAAGCCACCAAAAGAGUAUCUUAAUUCUCAUAAAUGCUCCAAAUUAAAGAGAGGUGCAUCUCAAAGGGAAAAGGAAAAUGAUGAUAGGUGGGGAAAGGAGGUUACCGACCUUAAAUCUAUACUUGAAUCAACUAAGAAUGAAUCCGUACAGGAUGAGGAGGACGUUGAUAAUGAGGAUGAUGAUGGUUUGAAGCCGAAUGCACCUCUUGAGUACAAACAUCUUAUCACAAUUAGAGCUGGGAAGCCAAAAGGUAAUUUGAGACAUUCACUAAGAGUGGAUCCCGGUAAAGCAAGGCGUCUUAGUUUAAGUGAACAACAGCUUGUGAAGGCAGCAAAAGAUAACGCUGACGAUUUAGUAAGGUUUACUCAGAAGAAUAUGCUCAGGAUAUACCCAAAGGGUACACGUUUUGACUCCUCUAACUACGAUCCGUUGAUUGGAUGGAUGCACGGUGCUCAGAUGGUUGCAUUUAAUAUGCAGGGACAUGGAAGAGCAUUAUGGUUGAUGCAAGGAUUUUUUAGGGCCAAUGGAGGCAGUGGUUAUAUCAAAAAACCCGAUUUUUUGUUGAAUCUCGGUCCCUAUGGUACCGUGUUUGAUCCCAAAGCAGAUUUACCAGUGGAGAAAACCCUAAAGGUUAAAGUCUACAUGGGAGAUGGAUGGCGCAUGGACUUUAGUAAGACUCACUUUGAUUCAUUUUCUCCUCCAGACUUCUAUGCAAGAAUAGGAAUAGCGGGAGUACCAGCAGAUACAAUAAUGAAGAAAACAAGAACGAUAGUAGACGAGUGGAGUCCAGUUUGGGACGAAGAAUUCACAUUUCCAUUGACACUUCCAGAGCUCGCUUUGCUUCGUCUUGAGGUUCACGAGGAUGAUAUUUCAGGUAAAGAUGAUUUCGGAGGCCAAACUUGCCUUCCGGUUUCUGAGCUGAGACCUGGAAUCCGAUGUGUGCCUCUUUACGACGAGAGAGGGAAGAAGCUCAACUCUGUUCGGCUCCUCAUGCGUUUUAGCUUUGUUUGAGAUUUAUUGGUGUAGAUGAUUGUGCUAAUGUUGUGUUUAUGGAAUGGGUAC